AUUAUCAUUAACUUUGGAGGUAGAUAUGCAAAGCGCACACGAUACAGGGACUAAUAACGGAAAAACACUACAAAACACAGAGACUAAGAGGGGAGUGUCACCUGAUACAAGUCAGGCUUUUCAUGUAAUUGAUGAUAACAGCAAUGAUCAACCUUUACUUUCUUCUUCAGGCCUCCCAAUAAUUCUUGACACAACUGAUUCCAAUGGCGGCAAUUCAUCAGAUUCUCCUCCUAUACCUGCCAAAAGAACUUCCGCUCCAUCUGCACAAAAGAGAGAGGGUAAUAAUAGUGCAUCACCUAAUGCAAGUAGAUCAAAUAGUACAAGUAGCUCAAAUGAAAAUAGCUCUUUUGAAGAGGUUAAUUCCGAUAGCAGCAAUGGGCAAAGAUCUAAUAGCACGACGCCACCUGCUUAUGAUGACCUUGGUGACGGUACUUCAAGUAACGACCUUGCUAAAAAUGAUAAUGAUAGUUCCUCUGAUCUAUUAAUAGGGUCAGAUGAAAAAACAAACAGGUUUUGGCAGAAAGUGAAGUAUCUUAUGGCAAAAAAGAAGAUUAUCAUGCCAUUUACAGCCUUAGUAACUAUGUUAAGUGUUGCAUCUACCACUAAACCACUUAUUGAAUUGGUCAAUAUGCACAAUGGAAUAAAUGCUUUUAAUAUACUCGGUGGUGUAGUAUUGGCAUCUCUUGCACUCUUUGGAUGUUGGGCACUCAUUCAAAGUUUUCGCACAAAGGAACAUAAAAUCACAGAGAGAGAUCAUAGUAAAGUUUUAGCAGAAGUAUUAGAAAAAUUACCAAAUGAUAAGCUGAUAAAAUACAUAAUGAUAGAUAGAAGCAAUGGUACCCGCUCUUACUUCCAAUUACAAACACUUGAGAGUGAAACCGAUAAAAGCUUUUCUAUAUCAGGAGGAAAAAUAGUCAAAGGACAUUUUAUAUCUGAUUGGCUAUGUGCUGUCAGUAAUCGCAGAAUGGCUGUUCCAGUCUUAUUUACAGCUUUAGUUUUUGGAAAUAUUACUCUUCUCUUAAUGCAUGCUAUGUCUUCUGAGUUAAGCUAUUCUCAAAUAUUUAGCCCAGCAUUAUAUACAAACCUUCAUGCAGCAAUGGUACCUACAUUACUAGCCUUAGGGUUAAUGAUGGCUUGUAUUAUAUCCAAUAUAGGUAACACAGAAUUUAAAACAGUUUUACACGUUCAUAAUGGAAAAAACCGUGAUUAUGAGGAAGCCAACACAACAGUGAUGCAAUGUGUUGAAAAUCAAUUAACCAAAGAAGAUAAAUCUAGAACAAUACCUAGUUCAAAAAUAAUACAAGCGGUUGCGGAAUUUCAAGACUCCGCAGAACAGAUUUUUUGUAUUAAUUAGGUAUACAGUAUAUCUAAAACGCCAACAACUUGCUUUGUUGGCUUUCUGGUUUAAGCUUUAGUUUAUAGCUACACACAC